UUGCUGCAAUUACCGUUCAUGUUGCCAGAGGUGAUACCGUUUACGAGGCGUUGGGACGCCAAAGUGAUUUAAGCAAGUUUCAUGAAAUGGUAAAUCGUGAUGAAGUGUUACGGAAGCUGCUGCAGUAUUGGCCUGUUACAGUGUUCGCGCCAACAAACGAAGCCAUUGAUAAGAACAAUGAGUGGAUACUUGGAAGAGAAAAUAAAGUGGUUUCGUACCACGUGUUAAAUUUGGUCGCUGAGAAAUCAUCAUUUCCUUUCACUUCAGCAACUUCUCUAGCAGGAUCACCACCACUGUACUUGGGAGUCAAGGAGGGACCAGGAUUUUGGAAGGAUUAUUUUGUCAACAAUGCAAAAAUCAUUCGAUCAGAAGAUUACACGUCACAAGAAGGCACAAAACAGCUUCUGUAUGUAAUAGAUGAGAUUUUGCAACCUUACGUUUCAAGCACUUCACUUCCACCGACAGCAUACGAGCUUCUAGACCAGCCAGAGCUGUACGACAUACGAGAACCAUUAAGCGCUUUCAAUUUUCGUGUGAAACAAGAAGGUUUGGAAGAACUUUUCCUCCAAGAAGGAAACCAUACAUUCUUUCUCCCCGUUGGAGCUGGAGUUGGCCACAGCUUUAACAGGCAGCAAGAAGUUGACAAAUGGGUAAUCCGAGGUCACGUGAUUCCGAAAAACGUCCUCUUUACACGUCUUGCAAGCUUUGAUAGCUAUCCAAGUCAAGCCUAUGGCGAAGAUAUUAAAGUUGAACUAUCUAUCAUCAACGAAUCAAACGCCAUGGGAAAUUCUUAUAUACUUUAUGCCCAAAGCAACACAGUGCACAGCGACUAUCGUCACAAAAAAGGAGUAGUUCUAGCCAAAAUUUUGAAGCCCAACAUUCCUGUGAAGAACGGGGUUGUUCAUCUCAUUGAAAGCCCCUUAAUGAUCAUAGACAUAACCGUGUGGAAAUUUCUGCAAAACGAGAGAGAUGGGCGUCUGUCGGAAUUUCUAGAACUGGUCAACUACGCACCUGAUUUUAAAGACAUACUAAUGAACUCUCAAGAAAAAACGCUAUUUGCACCGUCAAAUGAAGCUAUCCGCCAAUUACCAGCUGAAGCUGUUCAUCAAAUAAAAACAAACAUAACAGCAAUAACCAAUCUCCUAAAGCUCCACCUAGUGAUGAAAAGUAUAUCGACUGAUGACGUCAUGUAUGGACGUCAUAAAGAUUUCUUGUCUGCAGACAACAGAAACAGCCUGUACUUCCGGAUACUGGGAGAUGAAAAAAAUAAAACGCUUACUGUUGAUGGCGUAGGGGUCAAAGCCGCAGCCGUGCAAUCAGAUAUUGGAGCAGUAGACGGAAUGGUCCACGUAAUAGACCGCUUGCUUGGCAUGCCAUACCAGACCGUGUACAUGAAGCUCCAGUCUGAUCCUGAUAUGAGAAUAACUUCUCAACUGUGCGAGCAAGACGACUGGGGCUCCAUCCUGAACGGAAAUGAGAAGCGUUUUACUUUCUUUGUCCCUGGAGACGAAGCAUGGGAACAGCUGCGGACGGAAAUGGCCACUGAAUACAAGCAAUUGACAAUGGGGUCGUUCCCUUAUCAUGUUCAUAAGAUACUUGAUCGCCACUUAGUGGUGGGAAGAGAGCUACGUUCUUCUGAUUUGGAGAGAACAAGCGAGAUUCAGAUGGUGCACGGUCAUUUCAAGGUCAUUCAUUCAUUAACAAACAAAGGAAAGAGAAAUAUUUCAGGGGGCUUGCCUCCUUUAGGUGAACUUCUGCUGGAGUGGGAGGGGCUACAGGCUCGAAUUAUCCGCCCAGAUGUCCAAGCUGUCAACGGCGUGAUGCACGUUAUAGACAGAGUGAUGAUGAAGAGGCGUGACCUUACGAAGUCAAGCGCCCCCUACGUCACACACCGUACCGGUUACUUACCCCUUGUUCUCACUUUUAUUUCACUAGUCAUGUUUUUCUGA